GUUGAUACAGAUAUGCUUUUACCAAGGUAUCUAUUGACUACGUACAACUGUUUGAUUGCGAAUCGAAUUGCAAAUGCAGUCUGACGGAAUGGCUUGAAAAAAUAAAAAGGGCAGAGUGUUAUGUUUGUAAGCUAAUGUGCUAUGCUUACGAUCGUUUUUCUUGUCGCUACUACAAAGUUAAGAAAGUCUACGGUAAGUCACUGACCUGAGGUAGUUUAUAUAUGGAAUGUCCAUCGUGAGAAAAACCGCUCAAGGUUGUUGGAAGAGAGGUGGUUUCAAUAUAUCGUUUACCGCAUUCUACAUCUACUUUCUGUGCAUUCACAUUCUACUGUGAAAUCGUCGCUCUAAUUAGCUGUUUGGUCAUUAUAUUUCUUUUCCCUUCUCCGUUAUAAAUGGCUAUAAAUACCGGAAAUACGAAAUUUCGAAUGGUGAAUGUUGACCAGUUGACUGAACCAACAUUUCAGGAUGAAUUAACGGAGGAUAUUAAACCGUCUAGGUUGAAUAUUUCUGAAAUCAAUAGUUUAAUCUCGAGUGGAAAGUCUACAGAUGCUAUUUUGAACAUAUUACAAAAUGCACCAAUUAAUUCAAAAGAUCAACAAACUAAGGAUACAGUAUUCAAAUUGAUGAUGCGUUUGCUAUCACAAUUUAAAUCCAACCAAAAUAUUGAUGAAUUUUUGUCAUCUAUGGAUCAAGAUAAAAUUGAUUUACUUAUGAAAUAUAUUUAUCGUGGAUUUGAACAACCACAAGAGAUAAGUUGUGCAACACUGUUGACAUGGCAUGAAAAGGUGUAUACUUACGGCAAAGCUGGUUCUAUUAUGCGUGUCCUUACUGAUCGUAAACGUGUUUAAUAACCGUGCCAUAUGUAUAUGUUUGUGCCCAUGAUUUCAUAUGUUAUAUUUUAUGUAUGUUAUCUUUUUACUGUGUAGUUACAUAGCAAGAUAUUAUUUGUACUUUCAUCAAAAUAAAACACGAAACACUAAGUGACAGUUUUGAAGUCAACUUAUUGACAUUUUUUAAUGCUACUUUAUAUCAUAUUUUAUUUCAGUUGUGUUUUCAAGAUUUUUUCUUACUCGAUUAGAUAAUAUACAAAGGUUAAACGGAUUCAGCUGAAAUAUUUUUUUAUUUGUCUUUAUUUGACUACUUUUUGCAAUGUGCACAUUAUUAACAUAUUUAAUCUUUGUUGAUAGUUUCAGUGAAAAUUGUAAAACGUAUAAUUCUGAUUCAUCAAAAAUUCGUUCAGCGAUUCCUUUUUAACAUGUGUGGGGUAUAAUAGAACUAUUAAGGGAUUAUAUUUGAAACUUGAUGCUAAGCUUCUGGCCUAUUGAGAACUGUUAUAACAUAUUGUUGUCAGUCACAACGUAGAACCUGCCGUGUUUGUACAUCGGUCCAAGUUACUAUACCCCAUUAGCACAGGUCAAGUCUCAGAAUAGUAGAGGUAGUAGCAGUAUGAGUGUUGAUAGAAAUCAUUAGACAUCGAAGACACGAUUCAAGAAAAUAUAAAUUAGUGAAGUGAAAACACAGAAAAGGUUAUAGGGAAUUCAGAAGCUCAAAAUUUAAGGGAAGACAAAUAAUGGAUACACCUGCGACAUGGCAAACGAUUUCGAACCGUGUCAUUCAAAGUCUCCGACCACUGGUCACGAUAAUCACAUGAAUCUCAACCAGGUAAUCUACACCUAUUAACAUAGUCCAGUUAUACUGUUAGGGACUUCGCAGACUGCAGCCAUGUUUUGGUUUGUUUCUCCUCCGAUUACCUCCAGUCUACUCCUAAACCACAACACCAUCCAUCGAGGUAGUGAGUUGUUGAGUAUAUGUUACUCAUGCCACAACCACCUCAGUUGAUGAAGAUUUUCUGUCAGUCAUCAACCGAUUUGACAACCUUACCUAGUUCCCUAUUCUUAACCCUGGUAUUGCUUACUCGGUGGUCUCGAAAUACACGAGUAAUGCUUCAAAGAUGCCUACGAUCGAAUAUAAAAAAAUCUACGAAUAUACUCUACUCUUAAUGGCCAUGUUUCACAUCCAUAAAGUAGAACGUAGAGAACCGCUGCGCAGCAAACUCAUCCUUUGGUUAGAAGACGGAUAUCUCGCCUACGCCACAAGUAACUCAAGUUGGGGAAAGCCAAUUGAAUUUUAUUGAUACGUGCUAAGAGUUCGCCAGGCACCGGACUCUCAAGAUAAGUAAAGUGCUCGAUGUAUUCAACUACUUCACUUUCUGUCAUUAAUUCAGGCCCUGACGCAAGCCAAUCCUGAAGUAUCAUUUUACAUUUAGUGGGCGAGAACUGCAUCCCAAGCGCGCUUGCAUUUUCACUCAAAAUGAUCAGAGGACUGUAUUUUGUCAAUGUCUUUAUCAAACAGAACCAUAUCAUCAAUAGGUUGUGAAUCUUCAUCGACUGAGAUGGUUGGAUCACGUGUUACCUAUGCCUGAACACCGAUUUCCACGAUGCGCAAUGCUGACUAGUGUAGGGGAUGGUUGAGAGAAAGUUAGGGGAGGCCAAACCAAAACGUGGCAUCAGUGCUUGACAUCACUAACUUCUAGCCCUAGCCAUGUUGUUAGAUGCAGACUACUUGGUUGGGCUUCGCGUGACUAUCGUAACCAAUGGUUGGAGACUGGGUGACAUGGCUCAGAAUCGACCACUGUGACAUGGUUGUAUACACUCUCUGUCUUCCCUUAAACCAUGAGAUUAAAAUUGCUACAUAUCUUUCUUUCUACGAACUAAUUCUUUCUUCCUGUACUAUAUUCUUAUAUGCAAUCUUUCUUUUAUGUAUUACUGUCACUGAAUCCGGUGUUCAUCUUGUUGUGUUAAUGAAGUAUGGCAACGUGGACCGAUGCACGUGUGUGCCUGGUUCUACAUUGUGGCUGACUGACUGACUGCCAUCAAUAGGUGUAUCUCCUGGUGAAUGAUCAAUCUCUGAAAAGUCGGACGAUGAAAUUGUUAUGUUUAAAAGAAUGUAUAUGGCCGAGUUAAAUAAAAAUAGGGAAAGCGGACAACUCUGGCAAACAUCACUUGAAGUAACUGAUUUCGACGAAAGUACUCCAUAAGCUUUGAUUCCACCGUUAGUGUUUACGUAGAGAGUCUGUACAAGUUUGUCGUAUUUCUUUGGUAAGCUUUCUAACGACAGAUAUUGCCACAGAACCUCACGAUCAACAUUGUCGAACGCCACCUUAGUGUCAAGGAAUAUAAUUAUAGUCGAAAAGUAUCUCUCAGAACCUGAGGAAAGUUGAAUAAUUGGUUCAUACAUCCACGUCCAGGUCUGAAAUAAACCUGGUUUUCUUGGGUGUGCUCUUCACAAACUCUAGUUUGGCGUCGUACUAUUAUUGAGGCUAAUAUUUUAGACACUAUUGGUUUAACUAAUUCCUGUGUGGUUGUCAUAAGGGGAUUUUUGUUCUUUUUUAUAAACUAGAAUCAUUGAGAUCACAUGAGAUUACGUCCAUUUUCUAGAACUAAGCUAAGAGUUCAAUUAAUCUAAUUUAAAACUGGACCACCAUCUCAGAGGUUAGUCCAUCAGACUCUUCUGCUCUCCAUCCCUCUAUACCGCUUAUAGCCUUUUCAAUUUCACUAACCGUUGGGGGACUUGCAUCGAUUCGUCAUUCAUGUCGUUUGGGUAACUGUAGUGUGGCUGAAGGCCAGUUGAACUAUUCUCUAAAGUGUUCUAUCUGUUCAAUCUCCUUGAUUGAGAAGUAAUGGUUGUCCCGUCUUUUCCUGAAAUAGUUUCACUAACAGCCGAAAUAAAUUUCAACACCUUGUAGCGGUAAAUAAAUCUUCCAAAUCAAUGUCUCUUUAAGUCUUCGACGUUUGAUGCUGACCACACUAGUUUUAAUCGACCCACCUAGCUGGAGGCACUCAGUCACUCAUCUGCACGAGUGAGAACGCCGUGCUCAACUUCUGAAAUAGCUAGCCAGUUUAGAUCAGUUAUUUCUCUAUAUAUUGAUAGCCUAUCAAAUAUAUCCUCGAACCUCCUCGCUUCUGACUUUUAGUUUCACUGGAUAAGCACGAUUCAAUUAUAGAUGUUACUGGUUAGUGUUGUUAAACUACAAAUACCCGUGGCAUCUUCAACUUGUUUCCUUGAUAAGUCCGAAUAUUUGUCUGCUGUUAUCUAUCGCUGCUGUCUUUUUCAUCUCUGCUUUCGCUGCCCACCACUGUUCAUAAUCAUUGCGUAGGCCUUUUAUCGGCCUACGUUGAAGCCAUCCUCGCUCCUCAUCGUGUUCGGAGUCAGACGAGAUGCAUUACCGAGUAUCUAUCAAUUCAGCAGACGCCUCUGAAAUCCAGUGGUUCGUUUAAAUUACUAGUAGAUAGUCAGUCAGUCAGUCAGCUACAAUGUAGGACCAGGCACAUAUGUGCAUCGGUCCAGGUUGCCAUACCGCAUCAGCACAACAAGAUGAACACCGGAUUCAUAGCAGUGGUUAGGUCAAAGGUAGUAAUAUAUAAGAGAAAGAUUGCAUAUAGAGAUAUAGUACAAGAAGAAAGAAAUGGUUCGUAGAAAGAAAGAUAUGAAGUGAUUUUAAUCUCUUAGUUUAAGGGAAGACAGGGAGUGUAUACACCGACGCCAUUGUGAUCGACUCUGAGCCAUGUCACCAAGAGUCUCCAACUAUUGUUUACGAUAGUCACGCGGACCCCAACCAAGUAGUAUGCAUCUACCAACAUGGCUCAGACUAGGAGUUAGUGUCUUCAAGCACUGAUGCCACGUUUUGGUUUGGCCGCCCCU